UUUAUCACUCCUGCGCACACUCUCGCUGUGCGCAUGCAAAUGUCCAAAUGAGAAACAAGAGGAAGCAGGAUUCAAGUUUGAGGCAGUGGUCUGAUCACGUCAUCCAGCUCUUCAGGUAGGUUUGAUUUUCAUAUGUAAGCCUUUGUAGGUCAGCUGUAACAGAGCACAGUCGUGAUUUGCCACCGUGUUAAAGUUUUCUGCAGAAUAUUUGUUUGGCUCAGGUUGCUUAGUAACUUGUUGAUCCCCAUUGUGCUGACAGACAGAGUAGAGCAGGUCAGGGAACUUAUCGCAGGAACACUCACAGUCCCUAUGGACACCAACCUAUAAGCACUCUGCGAAUAUGGGACACCCACUGUGCAUAUAGCUGUGCUGCAUCAAGGGUCUUCAUGUGUGUGAUUCCCUCUCAGCUUGUGUCAGGUUCUACUAUCCACAUUACAUAACUUUACAAGUAAUAGGAGAAAACAAGAAAAUGUUGACAGGCUUUCAAACAGUAAAUGACUCAUUCCCCUCAAGCUCAGUAACUUUAUCUCUGCUCAGGAUAGAUUUCCUUCUUGUUUUAUUGGCUCCUGUACUGAGGUUACAUAUAAGCUUUGCUAUUAAAAUCAUACUAAUGGCUGUUGAGACACAAUUACCCCCAGGCAAUAAGAGACAGUGAAAGGAUAAUAACUGUUUCAAGAUGUUUGUGUGACUAACUUUUAGAGACAGGCUACAAUAAAUUAAUACAGCAGUUAACAUAGGUGGUGACAGAGGAAGUGUUGGAAGCCAUGCUGUCUGUGAAAAUUAAAUGAAGAAACCAAUGAGGUGGUCUUCUCCUAGUGGAGAAAACGUGGUCAGGUGCACAAGGAUAUCCUAAUUCAGUCUCCUCUUGAAGGGAAAUAAAGUGGAGAAAAUUCAAUUAAGCUCAAGGCUGCCUUUAAAAUGGAGAAAACACGAGUUAGUAACCAGCUGGACUUGAGAUGUUAACAUGCCCUUUCAGUGGAGAAAAUGUGUUGUAGCAUACCGCUUUGUAUUGUAUUUAGACAAAUCUAUUGUAUUGAAUUGUUUUAUACUAUACCAUAGUGUCCCAUUGAUUGUCUCUGAAAAAAACACCCAAAGGCUCUCAAGUGCACCAAUCUAGUGGAGAAAAUGUGAUGAUGGUACAACUGGAUGGCCUUCCAGAGGAGAAACUUGAUGCAUUUGUAUCUUAGAUUUCCCAGACUCCAAAAAACAAACAACUUGGUGCCCCCAGGCCUGCUUCUCCAAUAUGAAGAAGGUCAAAAAGUCUCCUCUGUGGUACCUUCUGAAUAAAUAUCAUGAAGAGAAGCCAUUUUAAUGGAGAAAAUAGGAUGACUACCUACCUACCCAUGGUUCCUUUAAGUUGAGGAAGUGUCAAGAUGUGUCCUCUUGGAUGUAACUUUCUCAGAAAAAAUGUUAUGAUAUAGCUUCUUCCAGGAUGCCCUUCCAGUAGUAAAAAUGUAAUAAUGAGCCCCUCUCUUGGAAGAAAAAGUCAAAAAGAUUGCCAGAUUGUCCAUGCAAUGGAGAAAAUAAAAGCAGCACUAUUUGUGGGAAAAAAAAUUCAGAGUUGUUCUAGGAUGUCUUCACAGGCGAGGAACUUUCAUAAUUUGCCCUUUAGAGUCACCCUCUGUUGGUGAAAGAAUAUGUGACAACUUGCCCCUCUUCUGUCCAGUGUGGAAAUGUCACAAAGUGUCCAGUGAGGUACAAUUGUAGUGGAGAAAACUUCGCUAAAAGUACUCCAAGAUACUUUCCAAGAGGAGAAACUCAAGAAUUAAUUCCAUAGGGUGACUUCUUGAUGGGAAAAUGUAUCUAUACAGUAAAGCAUAACCUACAAUUCCCGUAACAAGGAGAAAGCAUGAUCGCAAGCCAUACAGGACUGAUUUCUAUAGGAGAAAACAUGAUUAAGUGCUCCCCUGGUUGCAUGACUUUCCUGUAGAAAAAAAAGCCAAAGGUUUGAGCUGGCACCCCAUGUACAGAGGCAAUUGUUGUCAAGCUGGCGGCCCAGGUUUGAUUCCAGUUUGCAGCAAGUCCCAGAGGCCUCCCCCUACUCACUCUGCCAGUGUCCUGCUCUAUCUACUGCCCUAUCCUCUCAAUAUAAAGGCAUAAAAGCAUCCCCAAAAUUGAUAUCUAAAGAGAAAAAGGUCUGACAGUUCUUUACAAGGUGCAGAAGAUGAUGUGAAAGGACCCUUUCCAGAGAGGAAAAUGUGAUUUACAGCCUUCAGGUGCACUUCCAGUCAUACUCAAAUCAUUUGCCCCCACCCCGAGAGUGAAUGGCUGGUGAAAAAAACUAUUGUGCCACAUACAGUGUUGCCCAACACACUAGAAAUAUUUUGUCCACUGGUGCCACACCGUAUACCGCUCGUGCUGUAUUUUGCCCCACCUCUCAGCCAGCCUUCGUCUGCAACUGCCAAAGCUGUACAGCUAAAUACACCCUAUAUCUUUUUGUUAUGGUAAACACUGAAACGGCUUUUGCAUUUCUCUCAGAUGUCAGACUGUUGUGACAGUAAAGACCAGAAGAGAAUAGGGAAACUUUUGAACUCAGUUUGUGAUCAAAAAGCGUAAUUGGAGGGGUUCAGUGAAGGGCUCGACUCUCAGCCCACUCCCGACUAAAUGACCAGCAGUUUAUUUAAGGGGACAAAUAGGUCAAAGAGCCUCUAAUUAUCCCUCAAUGUAAGGCAAGGAUUUUCUUCCCCUGCAUUUUUUUUCUCCUUUUCUUUUCUGUGUGUGUGAGAGAGCUGCAUCGUUCCAACUCACCAACCAUGCAGCGGUCUCUGUUGACCUAGUUCUGCUCUGGACACAGGGACAUAGGCCUCACCCACUGUCUCCUCUGCAGGGGCCCUUAGACAGACAGACAGACAGACAGAAACACACAGCCUUGGGUGUAAACUUAUUCACUCAGACAAUAGGUUCAUGCACUCAACCCCAUGUAACCUCUGUGACAUUUUAUCCAUCAGGUUAAUUGAGUGAAGAUCAUUGAUCUAGGAUACACCGCAGCUAACCAGGAUAUCAAUGACAGAGAGACAGUGAGUAUGUUUGCCAGCUGGAGAGCACGUUCAGUCUAUAACAUGAAUGAAAACAAGUCAAGUUGUCCUACUCUUUCAAUUUUUGAAGUUGCAAUUAACUUUAUAGGAAAUUACAGUCCCUGUCUUGCCAAUAGAUGCAGGUAAUUGGCAGAACAUACUCCUAGAUUUAAGCUACAGUUAAUGUUGAGAUGCAUAUAAGUUUUGGUUGGCUUUCUCUGGAAAUCAAACCACAUUUUUCAAGAAAAAGACACAUAUUUUGUCAACUCUCUGCAAACCCUACAACCUUUAUACUUCUUCACAGCUGCUAAUGAAUUGCAUCAGUCUGUCAUGUGCACAAUUAGACACUCACGCACUCAGACACACACACACAAACACACACAGGCUGCUGAAUUUUUCACUUUGAGUCAUAUAGAUUCCUCCCACGUGAUAUGACCUUUCAGUUGCUGCUCAUAUUCUAAAUAUCUGAGCCAAGUAAAACAAAAGGUGUGAUGUUUUUUUAACUGCCCUGCUCUUGCAUAAUUGAACACACUCCUUCUGUGCUUUUUUUACUUGCAUUUGCACUGUGUAUGCCUUGAAUAGAUUUUAAAUAACUGAGUGAAAUCUUGAACAGAGUCUGAUAAUGUGAAGUUACAUGUAUAUGCGUUUUUUUCUGUGAUUGGUUGCAGGGCUGUGCGCCUAAAUUUUUGCUCCUCCACAAAUCAGACACGUAUAUUUCUCUGAAACUUAAUUUGCAGUGAAGGGUAUUAUUUGCUGGUUGCAAACCUGAGAGUGGGACACGUCUUUCUUAACUUUUUAAAAGACGACAGGUUUUCUGUGCAACUAGUUGGUCCAAAAUAUGUCUGGUGCAAAGCGAUCAACGAAUGAACCCCAGAGGAAAAAAAAACUUUUUUCUUCUAAGCAUGCCUGUGUGUGUUUGUUUGGACCAGAUUGGUGGACAGAUCUGAAAGUAGAAAUAAAAAAAAACAAUAUCUCCACAUCUAUUUCGGCGCACUCAUUGCAGUUUUGUUCUUCAUCGAUGACCUUUAAGGGAGAACCGCAGCCCAUCAGAUUAUUGUGCCUGUUUACUGUUUCUUCUUUGCAUUCUGACUGUGCAUCAGCCCACACAUCGGGCAGAUAUUCAAAGCCUGCUGUAGAGCUGUGAGCGUGACACUCCCCAAAACACACGCGCGCUCAGAUAGAGAGUGAGAGCGAGCACUUCAACAAUUUUGUUUACUUUUCUGCACCUAUGUGAGAUGUAUUUACGCACAGAGCGCGUGGAACCUAAAGCGAGGUUCACUUACACACAGUCUGUAUGGGUGAUUAAUGGACAACAAAUAGGCAGAAAAUUUUAUUAUGUAUGAAUUAGGACCUGUCACUCCGGUUUUUCAGCCCUCUCAGGUCAGUUUUAGUUGAUUUCGUGCGCAAAUUCUUACCAUCUCAAACAAAGAUUUUACUUUCACUUCUCAAAACUGGACGGUGACCAUCUUCUUGGAUCAUUAAGCCCACUCUUCGGUCAAAUUUUCCUUUUCAAUUCAUGCGCGUAUGUGUAUCCAAAAAACGGGUAGAAAAUUGUGAUUUUAUCUAAAGCUUCACCUCAAAAAUUAAACGACUACGUGCAUAUUACAGAUUACUGAUAUUUCAAAGCAAUGUCCAAAUCAGUCCCUCAAAUAUGACUAAAACCAGACUCUAUAAUGCUCGUGAAAUCUUUAAAAUGACUCCGUAUUUGGUGCUGGUGAAAUGUGAAUUUAUAUUUCAUGAAAUUUCCAGGAGCUUUAGACAUAUCUAUGAUAAUGUUUCAAACUUUUUCUCUUGUCCCUCGUAAUGUUUUGUCGUCUCCCACAAAUGACCUGUGGCGUGGAAAAGGCUCGCUUUGACAUGCUGUUAGAAUAAAAUGUGAAACAAGAGUGAGUAAAAUCCUCCCCUGCACGUGAGGUGGGCUUUAUAGGAUUUAAAAUAUCCCUCACCCUGUCAAUGAUGAUACGACACCCUGAAUUGUCCAGAGAUUUAAGACCAACAUUUGGAUUUUAAGUACCUCAUACCAAACAACGCCUUUCCUUUUCUUUCUCUCCACGUUACUCGGGUUGCUGCUUCAAUCUGUCCACUUUGAGAAAAAGUUUUUUUAAUUGUUAAAACCUUCCAAAGUUUCAACAUAUGCCACCAAUGGGUAUCUUUCGCAGGCAUCACAAAGAAAAGUCUGCGAAAUGUCACUCAAAAGGACCUCUCUUCCUGCGCCUUUACGCGGGCAGGUAGUUGUCCAAAGUGUUGCAGAGUCACUCUCCCCUCAGCUUUCAGUUUGUGUUUAUAAUGUGGAGAUGCUUUUACAGAAUCUUCCAAACUUCCCACUGCAAAUCUUAAUCAUAAUUUCACUGUGAACCAUUACAUUUCACCAAGCACAACGCCAGUAGAACUACAGCAGGAGGCCUGAAGCUGCAGGCCUAUUUGCAUGUGGAAUUUCUCUAAUGAGCCCUUUGUAUGUCCACGUUUGUGUCAUAUCUCCUCAUGAUAAUGUGACACUCUUCAGACGUGCUUCUCCUCCCCCACUGUAAUCUUUUUUUGACCACAUGCAACCUGCACAUUUCGCCCUCUCUAACCUUAAACCUGUCUCUUUUUUUUAUUUAAUCUAACCCCACGCUUUGUAUCAGGCUCUGGUGCAGUGGGGUCAACACUUUCAAGGUCGUUUAAGGGAGCUGAAGGCAUUUCCAUUUGAUAUAGAAAAUGAUCUAAGCGCUCUUCCUUUAGCGCAUGCUGCCAGUCGGCGGGGUUGGAUGGAGAGCAGGGCGUCUUGAUGGUGACUUCACUGACACCAGCAACUUCCUGACGCAACGCUACUGUAAGAGCGGCGGGAAAACAGGGAGCUCACCUUUUUAUCCGAUGAACCACCAACGUGAUCCUAUUUCUGCAUAGUAAGCCGUCUCAGCUCUCCCCUCGCUCGGUCUCAAGAACCCAGGCGUUACAUCAAAGAGUAUUUUCAGGGUUUUUGUUGGACUUGUAUUUUCUGCAACAGACUUACAAAUGCUUCAGUUGCUUCUGUACUUGUUGCAUUGCACUGGCGUCCUGGGUUUUGCACCAGGAAGCAGGAAAACUAAUAACCCCGUCUGCCGGUGCUCUCCAAAAUGUUUUGCAUCUUUUUUUCGGCUGAUAAGACACGCUUCCCUUUAGUGAGAGUGAACUUUUUGCUACCUGGAAUUUAUGACAAAGAGCAGCGGGUUGAUCGAUUAGAUAAUAACUCAACUCCAAGACGGGAGAUAGCGAAUUAUUUGUGCGUAAAGGGAAAAUCAAGUUGCACUGCUACUCCUUAAACGUGGUAACGCGUUACUAAGGGGUCUCGUUACCGCCCUGCACUGUCCGGGAACUGGUAGAGUUUGAAUCGAAAGGCGUGAAGGCUGCAUGCGCUCGCGAUGGAAUAACAGAAGGAGAGCGUCUUUGUGCCGUAAAGCGCAAAGAAGAAAUCGCCUGUUUUGCGUUUUGGGUGCAGAGUUGGAAGGAAAUCCAAGUUACGGAGACGGGCUCUGCCAAUGCACCCGCUCCUCUCCGCGCGCACGGGGCGCACAGACCUGUAGUAGCCUGAUCCUGGAUAGCCUAUCGCACCCGGCGAUAGGCACCCGCGCUGUCUCGCUCGUCUGCUUCACUUUGAAGGGAUGCUGCUCGUCCCAGACACGUGAGCCGAGCGUGCUACACGAGUUUAACACGGAUUUGGAUGAGGGGGUUUCUAUGCGUCGGUGGCCAGGCGUACGAACUAGGCUAUAGUGCGCUCUGAUGUGUGUAUGUGUGUGUGUUUUUUUCUUCUUUCUCUCUCUCGGUCGCUCUCUGUAGCCUCGUAUCCACCGCUCCGCCUCCUCCCCCCCUUUUCGCAACAUUGACGCAACCGAAAAAUACUGGAACAAAAGAAACAACUUCCUUGAAGCUUUGCUGAAACUGCACUUGGUUGGAGAAUGGGAUCUCGUUGUUAACUUGGCUGGGGGAGAGAAACGUCGAGGUGAGGGUGUCACCGGUGGCCGGCUGAGCAGCGAGAGAGAGAGAGGGAGCGAGAGAGAGAGCGAGAGAGAGGGAGAGAGAGAUGCAGUCGAGCACUCCGGAACGCACCCAGGCGACCGAGUAAGUGCCAUUAAACAUUCAGUGGAGUCAUUUCAACUUUUACUGUGUGACCUCGCGACUAGUUCAGUUUGUUGGAGUCUAGUGACAGGCUCCCCAAAAGAAAGUCGUUUUUGGCGGUAUGUUGCGAUACAAAGGCACAAAGUAAAGUCCCCUGAAUGCAGCUCUGUCGAACUGAGAAGGUAGGAAAUAAGUUACAGGCCUUUCUAUUGAUUGUUUUGUAGGGGGGUGAUGUGCAUGGUGUUUUCAAAAAUGACAGUACUCUUCACAAACAAUGUGACAUUUGGGUGCCAUUGGUAACGAGGCUUUAUUAUCACAGCUGCUCCUCUAUAAAAGCAGCAGUUGGGUUUUAUUUCAUAUCUUUUGAGGAAGUUUCUGUAAGUUGACUGUGUAAACAUGCUGUAGUAUCGUUUGCACUGACAGGGUACCAGUUUAUUAUUGUUAUUCAUACAGCAGCAUUGAGCAGUCGCCGGUUGCCUGAACAUCCUGACCGACUACCUCAACAUAGCAGCGAACAAAUGUAUGAAAGCGACAUGUUGUCAUGGUUUUAGCCGCUGUGUGUAACUUUACUUUGAGGUUUUUCGCUCCGCAGUUUGGGGCGGACGAGCUCGGCGCUUUGUCGCGUCGGUGUUUUCGCUGCAUGAACAAAGGACUGGAUGGAGUAGUCGGCACAGAGCGUCGGUGGAGAGCAGGCGGGCUGUUUACAAUAAUAACACGACCGCGGUGACGUCACGUGACUGACAGGGAGCUCGGCCAAUCGGGACGCCGCGUAGCCAUCAGCAACACGCUAUAUUUGGAAAGUGGUUACAUCAUCGAGGUGCAACAGAGGACUGUAGGGGGCGGGACUUCCGCUGGGAUUUUCAAUUUGUAGUCCAGAAGCAGGACAAUGAAUACAUUAGUUUUGUUUUUGGAGCUUCCAGUCUGGAUUUUAGAGCAUAUAACUGGUUUCUAACCACUUUCCUCUUUGACAUAGAUGCUGUCUGCUUUGGAUUCGCACUAAAUAUGACUGUCUUUACUGUAGUGUUUGUACAGACAGGGUCAUGCAUCCUUUUAUCUGAUAUACUGACAGAUUAUCGAUGUAAAAUGAUAUUGUCUGUCAAAUUAUGCUUUCUUUUUUAACUGAUUAUUAGUCUUUGCUGUAAAACACUUCUUUUGAGUUAACAAGACAACGUGAAAUUUCUCAUCAUUAGCUGACUUUGCUGUUGUUUACAGCUCUGCAAAGACUCAGAGAAACUUCUGUUGAGCACUCCUUGGCAAAAAGUUUUGCUUUUUUUAUUGAUUUUAACAUUUUAUUCAGAUUGCUCAAGUUUUGAAAAAAUAGGCCUUCACAUUUCUCCAGUUUAGGCCUUCUGCUGAACUACAACCAUACACCAGCAUCAAAUGUUGAAAGAAGAUAAAAAUCACCACUUCCCCCUUUCCAAAUUAUCGAUUAUUAACAUUAUUUUUACUUUGAAAAGGCAGUUAGGUGCUGUGUCUCAGCUUUGCCAUUGUGCUCAAAACACACCCGAGUCCGUCUCAAGAGUAAACCUGUAAAAAUGCCACAGAAUAAAAACAAUAGAAAAUUCAAUUGACAGACAGUAGCUUUUUGUCAAAGGAUUGAGACGGGCUGCUAACAGAACCAGUUUUGGUCACAUUAAUAAAGAAAUGCUAGAUGCCUUAUGCUGAGCUGCAUUACUGCUUAAAGUAGCGGGAGAAGUAGUGAUCCAUUAUCUCAUGAAAACAUGAUGCUGAAAAAAUAAUCUUUGUUGUAUCGAUGUAACAUUGCAUAUUUUAACACUUUAUACCAGAUCCUGUAAGUUCCCACAAUAGGACCUAGAAUAUGUGGGAGCAUUUAAGUUUAUCCAUCUUCAUGUAACCAAAAAAAGAAAAAAAAAUCUCCUGACUUUAUCUGGAAAUUAUGCUCUUAUUCUAAAAUAUUCUUAACUAUGUCAGUUUAAAGAUCAAGGAUACCUGCUCCAGUUCUAAUUAAGCAAAUUAUACCUUAAAUGUAUAAUAAUAACAACAGACCCUUUAUUUUGGAUGCUUCUCUUUUACUUGAGAGCUAAAAAUCAUCGGACAAGAGAGGUAUACCAGAGUUCAGACAAGCUGUGUGGACUUUUUCCUUGAUGUAAGUCUGUAGGUGUUCAUGUUUAAUAGACUGUUUACUGAAGAAUAAGAAUAUAUUGUUAUACCGAGUGAAUGUUACUCGACGACACAGUUAUGUUUGCUGUAGAGCGCAGUGUGAAGAAGCUUAGCAGCUUAUAGCAUCACCUAAAAGUCAGCUUUGUAAUGACUGAAUGUGUGAGAUGACUAAUAGAAAUCCUACACAUAGAUUACGAUACAGCUUUCUCACAGUAACACCACUGAAAAUAGCGUCUCUGAUCGGCUACUGAUGAGAUAGCGCUUCAUGAGCUCUGAUCUUAUGAACGUGGGGGAAAAUGAGAGGCUGUGUACCGCAUGCAUUUGUUAGGUUCACCCAUUGAAAUGUGAAACAAAGAACAAUUUAGAUAUUUAAACCUAUGAGAGGGACAUGAGUUACUCUUAGUUAAGAGUGGUGUGUUGUAUUUGUUUUGCAAAUGUCUCUGGACACAAAUUUCAGGUUAAUUUAAGAACACACACUCAUUCUUAAAGUUAUUUUGAUGCCGAUAUUUACACUGCAUGAGCAUGUUGGAACAAUACUCCUGCAAUUAAGGAAACCUGCAAAGAUUUUUAAAUGCAUACUGGAGUAGAAAAUUAUACUGCAUGCUAUAAACUAAACCCAGGCUAGAUCUUUAUUGUGUGAAAUUCAGUGGAUAGACUUGAAGUGUCUUUUGGAAUAGUCUAGUUUGAUACUAAAAAAAAUCAAAAAGCCUAUCCUGACACAUAUAGUCUAUUGGAGCUCAUGUCUUUAGAAAAUUUAUGGUAUAUUUUUUGUUGAUUGGGGAUACACUUGUCUGUCAGCGUGACCUGCACACUUGUAGGUUUUUCUCUGUUUGUGUUUUUUAUGUCAUUUCCAUCACUGGAGGAUAUUAAUCCUGUGGUGAAGACGCUUGGCUUCAUUUUUCAGCUUGACUGUCAUCAAAUCUAGUGAUAAAGUAAAAAAAGGCAGAAAGUAGCAUAAACCAACAGUCUCUGAGCAUCAGCCAUCCAAAACUUAUUCUUCAAGGCCUCUCUGUACCCCUGAAUGCUCAGGAUUAGAUCUUGCUUAUGUUUAGCCUUCUCUUUAAUCCCUCGCAGUAGUCUGCCUCAGUAAAGACAAAACCAUGUACAGUGAUGAGUGUGAGCAAGCAUCAAGAUGAAAUAAAACUACAACAGGAAACAACAAGAUAAAUAUUGUGUCUGCAAUUCAAACCUUUACAAAGAAUGAGACAACAUUUUAUUUCCAAAUGAGUGGUAAACAGUUUUUCUCAGGUGAAAACAUCAGAUCAGGGCGCCAGGUGCAAUAAUGCAAAUCUGUGAGGUUACUGGUUAUCUCAUUUGAUCCUCAUAGACCUCAGACUAAAAGAGUGGGGUCUCUUAGCUUGAUAGGAAAAAGUUAGAAAUCACAAGUUUGAGAAAAAUCAAGUCGCUCUUGGCAAUGUCAUCAGUGAAAAGUCACGUUUUGGCAGUUUUGACCACCUCAAAUAAACAUUUUCGACAGACAAUAUUCAUGCGGAGUCUAAAACCAAGCGUCUUCAACUUAAACAUCAUUUCUCUCCUCUAGUCCAAGCGCUUCUAUCCGUUCUCUUUUCUUUUAACCAUGCGGCUCAGCUGAGUUUUCCCCCUUAAUUUGUCCCUGUUUGUAAUUGAAUUUCAGACUGCUCGAUGAAUUAUACUCUCUUAAUUUGAUUGCUAUGUGUGAGAAUGUCUGUAAGAUUAUACAGAGACUAAAUAAAAAGGGCUUCUUGUGCUGUGAUAUCUCGCUGGCCAAGCAUGUGACAAUGUUUAGCAGGACCCUCACAUAAGGCUCUUUUUUACACUUUUAUUUGGCUGAACACUUUAUUUGUCAUGGGAUUAAGUUAAAGCAAAGUUUGUUAAAAAGCACAACAAGAAACAAUAUUUUAUAAUUAUUUCUGAUUCCCGUGUGAAUAAGGUGUGUGUGUGUGAGAGAGAGAGAGAGAGUGUGUGUAUUUGCACUUUUUUAAAGUGCCUCAGGGCUGGUGUGAUCACCUCUCAGCCUUUGUGCUAAAAAGAGGUUAGAGGUCGCUGUUGUGUUUUCAGGGUGACCUGCUAGUGACUAUUAGCCAUUGAUAAAUGUGAUGUCCCACAAGUGUGCGGGCCGGACCCCUCCAAAGGGGGAGGUGUCACAACACGCCCCGCACUAACCUCCCUGCUAACCCCACCUCGACACACACGCAAACACACACACUGUGCCCUGCUGACAGGAGCACAAGGGGGCAGCUGCUACAGAUGUCUCAUAGAGAGAGGGGGAGGGGAGCCGAGGAGACAUCAAUGGAGAGUCUCUCUCUAGUCUGGAGUUCUCAGUGGGGCUCAUUGUGUUCUCUAAAGACCAAGACGAGGGAAUAGGCCACAUUAAUAUAGUAAGCUUAUAGUCUCUUGUACUGUGUGUGAAAGUGUUGCUCACUUCGGCUGCUGGGCUGUUUUAUGCCUGCAGUACUUUCAGAGGGAAUUGUCUUUUUGGAAAUACAGCCAAAUAUCCUUCAAUAUUUGCCUUAUUUACAAAAGUUUAUGACAAGUUGAAGAGUUAGGAUGUUUUCUAACUUUUGCCUUCUUUUUUGGGUUGUAUAUAAAAGGAAAAAACUCAGUUUUGGUUUUUCCUUUCAUGCUUUUUGUAAAAUUCAAGCAGCCAGUAAAAAUAUUUUUCUGUGGAUGAUUGCUUAAAAUUUAGCUCAGUGGUCAUUUAUUUUCACACUUUAAGUGUUUUCGGCGCAUAAAUUAAUUUAUGGAUCGGCGGCAAAGUAACAAGGUGAGACGAGGAUAUCUGCAUGCUCAAUCCUGCACGAACUGUGCAGCUGUUUUAAGUCACGUAUUGCAGGUUUUUUCAUAGUAUAGUUUGAUUUUCCUUUUACUGCUUUGUAAAGGAGUGGUAAACUAAACUUGCUUUAUUUUCUCAUACUUUUUUUCACUUUAAUUGUACCCAAACACAAAAACGUUGUUGUAUGUGUAAAGAUGCCCUGCUGUGAGCCAGAUUCUAAACCUGAUGAUUUCAAUUUAGCAUGAUGCUUCUUUUACAAAGGUCGACGUCACUGUCUAGAGCAUGUUUUGCAAAAGUGACGUGACAUUACCCGCUGGUGUCUUAAGUUGACAUUAAAGCACUAAAUUUUUAGCUGAUGCACUUAUAUUUGGUUUUAUUUGACCUUUGACCUCGAUCAACCUUUUCCGCAGUGUGUUCAGAGAUGCCAUUCAUUCUUUUAUCCAUAUUUUCUCCUCAUAAAUAGAAGGAUUUGCCCUAAAUUCACGCUUUUAACCCCUUGCAGUGUGUUGUGAGCCGCUGCUUGUGCUCCUGUCUGUUUGAUGUGAUGCAGCCAUGUCUGGUGGUGGUGUGAAAGGCCAUCACAUGAGAGAAAGAGAGAAAGAGAGAGAGAGGGAGAGAGAGAGAGAGGAAGAGUGAGGGAGGGAAAAAAAGCCGUAAAACUCCUCAUUGAAUGAGAAGCAGCUGAGUGUAACAGCCAAGCAUGCACGCAAGUCAUCUAACAUGAAAUCAAAUUACAUUGAACUAAAACUGCCCCAGCGUGGCAACUUUUGCAGCCGAGGUUUCGUUACCCGCUGUGUCCAAACACCAAGACACAUGACACUGCGGCUCUUGUUCAGCUCAUCUAGUAGAAGACAAGGGAGAGCUCCACUCGGUCUCGACCCUCCUAAUGAAGAGAUGCAUUAUGAUGUGAUUUCAUUUGGGCGCGCUGAAAAGCUGCCGUGGAUAACAGAGCAGCCAGAGUAGCAUGGUUCAUUUGUGUAGUGACAUGUGACUUGUGUUUUCGUGAGUCAUAAGGAUCUCCUGCCCUAAUGGAAGGCAGUGUGUGCUCAUGUGACGGUGACACAAUGCAGGAUGAACUGUAUAGUAUUCACCAGAGCUCAGCUUGGCUACUGUUUGGCACCACUAAUAGGGGCCCAUGGGCGUCUUUUUAUCUUGUUAAUUUUUGUCAUAGUGAAACCAACCAAACCACAGCUUCUGCUGUACUUGCUCUACAGUUUGGCCUUCUGAGUAAUCUUUGUGAAACUCUCAUUUCUGCAAAGUCUGCAUUUGUACUAGAUUCAAAUACAUGCAUGAGAGUGUGUAUGUGCAAGAUGUCUUUGAGCAACGCAUCAUGAUCUUCCCUAUGGUCACGGUAGUGUUUUUGCUGGCUCAUCCCUGCCUCUCCACAUGCCUGUUUAACAACACAGAGCUCCUCCUUACUGGCUUCCUGUCCAAACCAGUUUAUCUGUAAACAAGUGUGUUUUUUUCCUCUCCGCCCCAUUGUCCACACUACACCAGAAUGCACACACAAUGGGCGCCCUCUCUCUCCCGGGCUGCUCUUGUACUCCAAAGUAAAAACCCUUAUGUACUUUCACGUAAUGCAAUGCUUUACAGAAUUGUCAAGUUUUUAAACCGCCUUUACCACCGAAAAAAGUCGAUGACAUCUUCAGCUGUUUUAUUUUAAAAUAAUUGCAUCCACAAGAUUAGUUUAUUUUUCACUUUGACACACCCUAAAUCUAAAGGCAGGUUGCAGCUUUUUCCAAAGCAGCCUACUACUGACAGAGCAGGUGAAUGUUAUGUAUUGUUAUUAUGUGUGCAUUGGGAUGAAAUGGCUGUCUCUGUUUAUCUUGCCCGAGGUACACUAUGCUACAGCAGAUAUGAUAACAGCAGGGUUAUUGUGGCAGAGCCCAGCCCGGCCCUGCUUUGGCCGUUGCAUGUAUACCACUGCUCUGUGUGUGUGUGUGAGGGAGAGAGAGCGAGAGAGAGUGUGUGUUUGUGUGUGUGUGUGUGUGUAUGUGUGUGUGUGUGUGUGUGUGUGUGCGCCUGUGUGGUGUCACCAAGCUUAUCUCAAAUUGACAAAAAGUGGUUAUGCCAUGUACUUUACUUAUGGAAUUUGUUUCAUUUAGCUCGAUAUGGAAGUAUAUUUGAAAGGUGUUGACAAGGAAUCAGUCAAAAGUUGAAGAAAUGGCGCAACUGAAAAAGAAACUUCAUUAAAAUUAGAGAGGGCAAUGUGAUGUCACAGCAAUUUCAGAUAAGGAAGCAAUGUCCUCAUUCAAACUGUAGAAAAUAAACUAAGACAGAGUGGAAGGAGAACUGCUGAGUGAGCCACAGCUUUUUUACCUCAAAGUUAAGGCUCUUAUUGCUCUCGGUUCCUUGACAUCUUUCAUGGUUUGGUUUGCGUCACUUCAGCCUUAGGUGUGAUUGCACUGAUUCCUUUUUUUGCAACCUAAUAAUACACAUAUACAAGCUGCUAACUCCUGUCAAUGUUGGCUGAAAAUGUGUUUUAUUUGGCUUUUGUUUUUGAUGGGCCUGUCACUCAAAGACAAGAGCUAUUGUGCUAACUGCAGAUAUAUUCUGUAAAUAAGGAACACACUAUGAAUAGACAUUCAUUGCUCUCAUAGGAAGAGUGUUGCGAAAGUAUUGUAUUGUAUUCAGCAUUUUUCAUGCCAGUAAGACAGAGUGUGUGCCUUACACUGUCCUCAUGUAUAUGGUGUGCUGUGUGAUAUAGACUUAUAAAUGCCAGCAGGCUUCCUGUAAAAUGUAAAGUGUGUUUAUGUGUCAACAUUUAAAAAGAUGUAUGUGUGCCCUGAUGUAAAGGGUGGAAAACAUCCUGAGUUAUAUUGUUAAAGGACACAGACGUGGAGGGAGAUCAAAACUUCGCUACUUGAGAGAAGAUUAAUGUGAAAAUAUUCAAUUAAAAGUAAAAGUCUGACAUUCAAAGAGAACAUAAUUUGAUCAGUGACUUACCCAAAGCAUCAAAAAUAUUCUAAAUGAACCGUACCUCACAGUUUUUGUGCGUCAUCUCAUACUGUUAUAUUUUCAACGUAUAGAUUUUGUGUGGUAUACACAGGAUAGAUCUGAGUGGUUGCCUGAUGUUUUUGACCUCUUUAGCCUCUGACUUCAUUACAAAUGAAACCCACAGGAAUGUUUUGUAGGGAAAUGUCUUGUUGGAUUUUAAAUGAAUCAUAAGGAUCUCAAAUGGCAAGGGACACCAGGCCCAAAUGGUCACUUGUUUACUCUUUCAGUCAUUGGAUUUAAUGAGUCACUUAUUUAUUUAUCCAUUUUUUUUACACAAGGACACAUAAUCUGAUAAUCAGUAAUUAUACCCCUGUAAUUCAAGAGAAAAGGAAAAAGUUAAACUAAAAGUACUUAAUACUCUACGUGCCAAACUGAAUGUCCUUGUUUGCAGGCCACCACUUACAGGGUGUUUGGAGGAAUGAUCAGUGGAUUAAAGUGCAACAGCGGACUUAAUCCUGAGCAUAUAAGUAAAGAACAGUGUAUUGCAAUCAGAAGGCCAGUUGCAUCUCUGUCAUUUCCUUAACUCAGUCAGAACCAUUGGCUGUACAGGCUUCGUAGCUGUCUGUAAACAUUUCAGAAACAAGUUGUGAGACCUGAUGGAGAAGCUUACAAUACCCUGUGCCAGUUAUAACAUAAGGCCAAGGAAUCACGUGCAAGGAUAUUUUUACUAUAAUAUUAAGUAUUAGUUCUGCUUAUGAAUGCAGUGUGACUAAUAUGUCUGGUAAUGUCUCUGCUCUUGCCCUCAGUGCACUUCUGACUACUUUCAAGCUUCUACUUUUUUUUUUCUUGUGGUCUUUCCUGUGUUGGAGAUACAUGUUGUGGCUGUAGAAGGCUGCCCGGUGCAAUGGUUGUUAGGGGUUUGCUUAGAAUCGGGGCAUUGGUUUCAUUUUAAAAAACUGGUUUGAACAAGUUGGUACGUAAAGGAUUUAACAGCGGUGGUUGUUAAAAGUUGCUGAGGGACCUAAAGGGUUAAUUUGUCUCUCUCUGUUCAACGCUGCGUGGGCUGCGCGAUCAUUCGAGAGUGCAUUUUCAGCGUCCAAUCAGCUGCGCGGAGUCCACUCCGCAUCCAGCCAAUAAGGAGAAUGGGAGGCUCUAUCGAAUUUGAAUGAGGAGUGUAUCUUUCGGCGCCAUUUUCGAGUGAGCAGCGAUUGCCUCAGCAGCUGCGGAGAGAGGAUGCUGCGAAUAUGGAAAGCUGUCGCUGAGACGGAGGAGAAACCGAGCGCUCAAAAUUAAACUGCGCUUUUAAGAAAGAGGACUCGCGUACUUUCAGUGGGAACACAGGUAAUUUACGCCGCAAACUAUUUUAAUUCCAUUUUACCGGACUGUUUAAACGGACCUGAGGAGAGGAAUACGCGGAAAGGAGGAGAGACCGACCGUGGCGGGGAGACGUUAGCCAUUUGGCCAGCUUUGCCAGCUUCUACUUCUCCUAGCAGCUAGCCUGCUAGCUUAGCCUGCUAACACGUAUAGAGGGAUUUCUGACUUUGCUGCGCUGUAACGGUAAAAGAAAUGCGCCCGUACAGUCUUGUGUUUUAUGCAUGAGGUGAAAGGGAAAUAUUUUCAAAGAGAAGACUCGAUGGAAAAUUAUUCAGCAUGGAGGAGACACUUUACUGAGGGUCUGUAAAUCAAAGUUAGACAAUAUUGGAGUGUAUUUUUUCGCCCGGUUUUGAGCGGGAGGUGCAGGAGCAGCCAGGCUGGAGCAGAGGAGAAGCUCAGUCGGCAGUGUCAACAAAUGCACACGGCACCUAUGCUGGCUUAGGAGGGAAAAAAUCAAUACGGGAGACCGUGGCAGACACGGUGCUUUUUGUGGUAACUUAAUUUCACCAAAGCUUGGAGAAAUGGCAGACUUUUUCACUUAUUAGGAGCGUGUUUGAUAGACACAAAAUAGCCGGUAAGUUUGUCAUAUGCCGUUUGACCUUACAGUAAGUGAUGUCCUUAAUAGUAGUGACGGAGUUUUUUUUCUCUAUUUUUUUCUGCAUGUGAGAUGAGGUGGUUGUUAUCGAGUGCCUGCAGUUCAAACAGGUCAGCUUUUUUAUUCACAUAGAUCCACUUCUUAGAGACAAUUUAAUAGAUUCGCGGAGAUCAUUCUCCUUUUUUGAUAGAUUUUGAUAUUUUUCUGUAUCUCAAAUGAGACUUGUGCGUCGACCGAGUGACAACAAUCAACUUUUGACGAUUUACUUAAAACAUUAGAUGGACGACUGUCAAAGGAACUAACAGAGCAGUGAAGUUAAACUUAAAAUAUGAGAAGUGUUGUCGUUAGAAAUGUUUGAUGCUGGUGUUUUGGGGUCUGGGGGUUCGGUGUAUUUAGAGGAAGGAUUUUCACUCACUGCUUUCUGUCUCCCUUUGCCUCUUUUUUUUGCCUUCACUAACCUCGCUCCACUUUCUGUCUGCCAUGCACCCUGAUUAAAUUCAAGUACAUUGAAGGGGAGAAAAAAAAACCCUCUGCGUGGUCUAAUCGGUUUAGUAAAGAGUGACAAAACGGUCCAAGUCAUUAUUUACUGAAGAGGUUGUUUGUGUGGUGUUUUAUCUCGCCUUUUGCUUCUCAUAAUGACUAAUAAAGCAGAGAAGAGGAAAAGAGAGGCUCCAUAUAAUUGUGCGCCUGAACCCGCCCCUUUUACUUCCUUCUAAGUAGAGAUCGGUUUAAUGUGUUACAUAAUGCGAGGCCUUCCUAUCUUUUGCGGUGCUGCAUUCAUUUUAACAAAUAAGUGCCUAGUAUGAGGGUUAAGAUAUAGAGAAAAUAAUUCUGAUUGAAAUGAACUGCGUUGUGGAAGAGUGAGGCAGACUGUAUGCAUCUAAUUUUCCCUUGCACCCCCUUCCCCCUCCUCCCUCUUGGCCCGUCACAAAUGACAGUGUGCUUAGUAAAAGCAUUUUUCCAGUAAUUUUAUUUUGCCAUACAUUUUCUGCACCAGUAAGGUUAAUACUGGUGCUCCACUUUAAUUAAAUUGCAUAUCACAAGUGAAAAUGUGACCACAUACCGUAUUAGAAGGCAGACCUUUAUUCACUGCAAAUGCAGAUUGAACCCUUUGUAUGUGGGACUCAGUCCUCUUAGUGGAACUGCUCAACCCAUACAUUAAGAUGAUGUCUAUUUCUCUCAGAGGGCAUUUAGUUGAUGGAAAAAUUAGCUUAUACAAUAGAAGGGAAACCCCUACCAUGGACAUAAAAAUAGUGAAAGGUGUAGACCUGAAAUGUACUGUUCUGUGACAGUAGAUACACCCAUGCAACAUGCAAACUUUACCUCCAUUGUUUCAGAAACACAAUGAAUGGUAAGACAACCUCUAAACAUGACAGCUAUGAAGUUAUCAGCUUUUAAAAUACUUGAACCAGUAAAUAUUUGUCUGAUGAAAACAGCGUUUUCAAAACGGAUAAGAAAUGCAUAGUAAAUCGAGUGUAUGAUGUGCUGUAACUGAAGGGUGUAUUAACUGUGCUGUCCUAACAUGACAAACAUAAAUAAAUGAAAACAAAAAAAAAUCAGCACAUUUUAAAUCGAUGAUUUGUUUAAACAGCUGCUUCUCAGUGAAUUUAUCAUCUGUGUGUAAAGUGUAUACAUGUGUGGAGGCUCCGAUUUUUACACCCGAGUUGUAAUAAUUUUUAAAUUAAAACAUGGAGCUAAUAUUUAAAAAAAAAAAAAAAAAAGAGCAAAAAUAAAUUUUUAGAAUGGUGUAUUGCUAUCUAUUGAUAUUUUAUAUAACUGCACAUUUUGACUUCAAUGUAUGCUCGAAAGUACACACUCUAGGUGAAACCAGCCAUCUACAGCUCUGUUUGUGAAAAUAGUCAUUCAUCUGAUUACAGCUUUGAAGAUAUACCAGCAAAUGUUAGAAAUGAUAAAUAAAAUGUAUAGAUAUUCCUGAGCCCUCGGCUGUGAAGGUGUAGAUUUAAAAAACACUUGAUAGGAGUGGUAUUGUUUGUGAGUUCAUAGGGGAUAAUGCUUAAGUACACAUGUGUAGGGUGAUCCUUAAUAUUUCACAGCAUCAGUGACAUGAAUAUACAAUUUGAUGUGAUGUUUCUGAAACUGGACAUUUUGAAAUCAUUUUUAUAAUACUGCUUAAAGUGUAUUCAUCUGGCUGUACCUCUUGAUUCUUAAAAAAAUGUAACUCCAAUUUUGACUGAGUUACACCUCAUCUCUACAUGUCAGAGGGUAUCACUUUGUCAAAGAGAGAUUUUAUAAUCAGGGAUCUUAGUAAUUCAUAAACUUCAGCACACUGAUUGAUCGCCUUGUUUUGGAACAUGUCUCUGGCGAGAUCAGGUCAAGUGAGAGUUAUAAUUUUCUUCAUGUUGUUACUGAUUUCAGUCACUGUGUAGUUGGCAAGACAGUGUUGAUGUGAUUUUGCAGUUUUUAUCUGAGUAGUAUCUACUCCUGAUGUCCUCUCAGUGCUACAGGUUAAUGCCCCCCCUCCGUUCUCUGGUAUUUGCCUUUUCACUCUCUUUGCAGAGCACCGUUGUGCUGUUUCAGACUGUUAGCAUGACAUUGUGUGACUCAUCAUUCUGUCUUCUCAGACCCCUCCGGCAAAAUGGGCUCCCACCCCCAUUUCCUGGUGUAACUGUGCCUCUCUUCUUGUACUUGCUCACAUGUGUUGUAGCCAGGCUGCAGAGAACCCCCCACCCUUCUCUUCCUUCUUUCUGCACCACUCAGCACAAACUUUAUAGUAUUCAAAUUUGCAGUGAUGGGGACAGGUUUUCGAGAGUCUAGUUGGUUUGUUUCCAGAUGCUGGUGUUGGUUUUACUUCUUUUCCAUAACAGCAUUAAGUCGAGGCUGUCCAGGUUGUUUUAUGUGCAAAAGUCAGUUCUUUAGAAGAUGGACUUAAGGUUUUGGUGUAGUUAAAUAAUGGAUAGAAAAUAUAAUGAAAGUUUAGAUGUGACAAUAAGCAUGUGUGUAUUUUCACGAUGAUGUACUUGUCCGUAAAAUUCUAAUUCAUAACACUGGUUGCAGGGCAGCUGAAUAUAAGGAUGUCAGGUCCUUGAAGGCUCUUGCAUGCAUAUGAUUUACAUUGAAUUUUUCAAGCAGGGGACACAGCAUCACUGUGGUUCACUGGGUUUACACCUGUUUGUCUAGUACAUUUUAACUUCAGCUUUAAUUUCUUUCAUAAUGUCAGUUGUGUGCUUGGUUGCAAUUGUGCUCUUUACAUACUUGGUAUCAAGUUGUGUCAAGAAAAGUGAAAAAGUGGGUUUAAUGUGGUACCAUACUAGAGUAAGAUCCUUAGUUGUGAAUUGUGAGGGAGUAAGGAAGUCAAAAAAAGUUUUUAUAAUUUUAGCAAAAUUUCCAAACAGAUCUUUUGCACUAAAAAAACUUCAACUCACCUUCAUUGUUGUUGUUGUUUUGUUUAAGACAGGAUGGACUUAAGAGAGCAUGUUCAGAAAGAAUACGUCAGCUGUUAAAGUGCUGGUGGAUUCUCUGCCUGAUAAUUAGAUUUCAGGUAGUAAUAUGAUAACCUGCAACAGCACUGGCAGUAAGAUCUGACAUAGCAGGAGUGUUCCUCCUCUGACUACACACACAUGGUGUUUUCAUUUCUGCUGCACCAGCCUUUUUUCACCUGAAGGUGCUAGAUGAGCAUGCAGUAUAAACAUGUAAGCAGUUAAAUCAGAAAUAUUAGGAAUAAACCUUGAAUAUUAGUGACUCAUAGUUUAUGUUGUUGUUGUUUUUUAAUGUGAUCAGCUAUGACUGGAUGAGCUGACAACACCUUGGCUACAGCUUGUCAGGCUGAAUGCUUGUUGCAGAGACCAGAUAUUUUCUGUCUUUAAAAAAACAGUUAAAAAUUUUGGACAGUUAAAAAAUUUUCCUGUAAUGACUAAUUGCUUGUAUUUUUAAGAGUUAUAUUUUUGGUAGAGUCGUGGAUUUUCUGUUGUUGCUCACAUUGAUCUGCUGGUGUGUAUUUUUUGUGUGCCUGUAAAGUUGUAAGGAAGUGGGUCCAGUCAAAGAAAAAAUGUGUCAAAGUCAUCAGAGAUCAAUAAUGCCUGUAUUUACCGGCACCAGUAGUUGAUGCUGUCUCGAGCAUUUGCACCCUGUUAUUUUAAAUAUUUUUCCCAAUUUUUAAUUUUAUGUCAACAGGUCAAAUCUGUCAGUAGAGUGGGAACAAACAUAAUAUUCCAUAGAGCGCUAAAAGAUUUGUUGUAAAAAUUAAUUUGUAUUUUUUUAAAUCAGAAUUAGAGUAAUAUGAGGAUCUGUGUUUGACCUAGACGUUUCAGUUGGACUAUAUGAGAAAAAAAGUCCUGUGUGUGCCUGAGUAAUUGGUGCACGAGUGUAUGGGCGUGUCAUUCAACUCAGACUCUUUAUCUUUGCUUCCUCUUUCUCCCCUUUUGCUUACAUGUGCAUGUACAUACUACAAUCUACGUGCAAAAUAGGAUCCUAAUUUCAGCCUUCCAACUGGCUUUGUAAGUAUUCACUGCAAUUAACAGAAGUUUUUUAGCCAUGUGAAAGACUGUGGUGCUGUCAGAUUGUGACAUUCUUUGUAGUUGGUUGUAGCCUGGGGGCUCUCAAAGAUAUUGUUUCAUGCUUUUGGUCAAGUGUUCUCAAGCCGUAGUUUUGAAUUGCAUCACAGUGUACUGCUUUGUCUGCAUCCUGUUUAUUGCUUGUCUGUCUUUUGUGUGGGCUUUGGUUUGUUCAAAAGAAGUAGCUGUAGAGAUCAGAAAUAACUUUAUUUCGAGAUGUGUAACACUAAAUUGAAAUUUAUGAGCUGUUCUGUAGAGCUAGCUUCAGCAGUUGUGUUCAGAUUUAAUAUUUCACCAGACACUUUGUGGAUAUCCUCGUGUGUUAAAAUGACACACUGUCGUGGGGGAAAUUAUAAUUUGGUUCACACUUACUCUGAAAGUAGUUAAAAUGUUUUACUCUAUUUUUAAACUGAGCAGACAUGCGCUAUCCUGUUGUGAGAAUUGUCCUUACUAAUAAGAAACAGCAACAAUGAAUCAUAAUAAACUUACUUUUCAUGUCAGAUGGUUGGAGUGCUUCCCCCAAACUAGUUUCAGGUGGUGGUCAUAGUGUAUUUUUUAUUCUGUAAUUAUUGAGCAAAAAUAUCUGUCCUGUGAUUCAAAUAAGUGUAAUUCAUAAAUCUUUUGUGUUGUGUAGCUGAAGUGUGAAGUGUCAGUCUGUUACACUCACCCCUGACAGUUAAGAGAGGGGGUGGUGUUUACCUGUGGAGAGUGAGUCAGAGGUCACUGCGAGUGUUGUCCUGUAAAUACAUUUAUUCUUUUGUUGAUCCCUGGGAUGUUUUCACAUGUUCCCAGUCUCCCUGAACUUAGUUUGACAUGAAUAGCCCAGGCUGUGGCCUGACAGCACCAUGCUGGAAAUGUUUUUUGGGGGGGUGGGGAGUGUGUGUGUGCAGUAAUGUUUAGAAAUAACACAUCACAUUAGUGGUAGCAGAGCAGGUCUUUAAAGGUAUCUUCUCUGCUCUACAAAGAACAGUUAAACUAUUCACCUCCUCCUGGGUAGGAUUUUGACUCACACUCAUAAUAGUUUUGGUGGAGCACUUUUACUUUGAUAUUGAUAUGUUAUUGCAAAUGGUUGCUUUGUAAUUAUGGUCGAAUUGCUUUUAUAUUUGCUUUUACUACUGUCGAGAUCCCAUGCUGUGUACACACUGCCCCGGUAGCUGAUGAAACAUUUUAUCACACCUUAUAAAGUAGUGCCACAGUAAACAUGGUUUAUUUGUACUGCAUGUGUUAUUUUGCCCAACAGAAGACAACAAUGAUUGGCCUUGCCUAUUACCUGGUGUUUAUUCAGCCUAAUUUUUUCAAGUGGUGGAUUUGUUGUUGUGUGAGGUUUAUGGUUUUUGAUACCCAAGUGAAAAAAAGAGCCUUCUUGCCUUCACUUGAAUAAAAUAAACUGACAAUAGUCGGGAUUUAUCAUGAACUUUUUUCACUCUAAGACUAGUAGUAGGAAUCUUUUUUCCAUAUCUUGAUGGCUGCAGAUAGAGAGCUCUAUUAACACAAUAGGAAAAUUUGCAUAGGCCUUUUCAUUUGGAUGAAUGUGAUUGCCAGUCAGAGUUUUUUCCCCACAGCUGAUAGUUUGUGCUUCCACCGGCAGAAGACAUUCUUACACAAGAGAGGCCAGCCCACACCACUUCUGGGGAGGUGAUGAGUUGUCAUGUCCACAUCUCUGUACCCGAUGGGGUUAAGGAGGUUACUUGACCUUCAACCUCAGGGUCAGGUGACUGUUUGAGGCCAUUGUAUGCAGAGCAAAUGUUGCAGGGACGGGUUAAAAAGGCUGAGCAGUGAAGGUGACAUGUCUGGGCAUGCUUCCUUAAAAAAGAGGGAGAAAAAUAGGGAGAGGUUAGAUUCAUUGUAAACAAUAUGGUUUGGAUUUUUAAAGAAAUUAUCAGCUUAAAAGGAAAAGUACACAGCUUACCAGAGUUCGGUCUGUUUGUGAAGUAAUUAGAAAUAGGUAAAAAUAUUGUUUGGUUUUUUUUUGUCGCUGCAUCAGUCUAAUUCACACAAUGUGUGUCUGCUUUUGCACAGAUGAGCUUGUACACUUGGCAGAGGGUGAGGAAAUGAUUCAGCUAAAAUUCUGUAUCUCGAUUGAAGUUAGUGUGUUUGUGAGAUGUUUACUAUGUUUUCCCACUUGCGUCAUGUAGAUACACAGCAUGCCAUGAUGUAAAACAAUAAAAGGGAAGGGGUUUUAAUUUUUUUUUUUAACAGGGAAAUCCACUGACUGUCCUAGCAGUAGUCUGUCUGAAAAUCCUUGCAGAGAUCAGAGAAGCUAUCAAAUUUCUUGCUGAAUCAAUCCUUUCCUAAAUUUUAAAAUUUACAAGAUAAAUUCAAGUGUAAUCUACAGAAAACACAUCUGUCCACCUGCUCCCUCAGAGCCCACCCCCCCCCCUCCAGAUUUCUUAUUCUGUUUCAAAAGCUCAAAUAGUUAACUCGCUUUUCAUAAAUAUUAGACUUGGAAAAAACUCCAAAUCCUCAUGUUGAAUAAGACAACAGCAAACAUGUGACCUUUGCAUGCAACAACUGUUAACUGACUUUUGUGUGUGUGUGUGUGUGUGUGUGUGUGUGUGUGUGUGUGUGUGUGUGUGUGUGUGUGUGUGUGUGUGUGUGUGUGUGUGUGUGUGUGUGUGUGUGUGUUGCUCACACUUUUAGCUAAUAGUUUUCAUGGCUUAUUGAGAGGUGGUUGGAUGGAGAUGUUGCUCUCUGGUGAGAAUGUGGAACCUAUUAGCCUUGGGCUGAUGCAGGAAGACUUGUCACGCCCCACAGAUGUGAUAAUUAUACACUCCAAACGAUUAACCUCACUAUAACUUGUGUCUGGUAUCAAACGUCUGUGUUAGAUGCUGAAAACAUGAGCAAUUUUUUAUUAUUAUUUUUUUUACUAAGUUGAGUUGUCAAACUGACUGAUGAAGCUGAUGUUUUUGUGUGAAGGUGUAGCGUGUUUGUGUGUAAACGUCAUGAUACAAAAAAAAAAUAGCCCAUGUACUGAGUGCCCACGUACAUUUGUUUCCACCCUAUCAAAUAUGGCACUAUUUGGACAGCCUCUCUACAUCCGUGUUUCCCAUCAGCAUCCCAUCUGUAUUUCCUCAUAUAUUUAUUUUGUAGCCUUAAAUGUCCAUCAGUUAUCUGCCUUGAGUGACAGAUGAGUCAGAUCCUGUGUCACAAGUGUGAUAUGCACUGGGCGUCAGAGAAUUUCUGUGUCAGGUCUUUUUUUCUAUUUAUCACCUCUUGCAUUUAUUGUUUGGCUUAAAAUAAAAAAAGGUGAUUCCUCUGAAUGAUGAGGCUCUUACCUGACACUAAAAAAGGUACUACAGAAACUUUUGAGAUGAAGCCUUUGUGCAUAACGUGGGUAACAAAAGCACGACUGGAAGUCAAGUUAAAGACAACAUAAGAACAGCCUGAUCAGAUUUCAUUUCUAGCGCUCGCACCGUUUAUGUAACUGUUUACCAUUUAGCUUAAGCUGACCGUGGUUUAAGAUUGACUUGUGACCGAGAGUCAGCUGGUGCCUGAGAGGUGCAGUUUAUCAGUGAAUUUUUUUUCUUCUUCUUCUUUCUUUUAUUUAUUUAUUUUUCAAAAGGAGGAUCAGUUGUGUUAAUGUUGCAUGGUAAUUCCUGUAACACCAGGGAGCAGUUUGAGACUAUUUAAUGUUUGUAGGAGAACGACUGAAAUUUUAAGCUGGUUUAAAAAAUUAAAACUGAAUGCAAGACUCACUCAAAUUCACACAUCCGGUGUUUUUCCUCUGGGAUAAAGUUUCUAACAGUUGAAGUAGUAAAAAUAGUAUUUAAGUGCUGUUGACCCUCAAAUUGUGCGCAGAUCUAGUAAUUUGUUUAGAUUAUAAUUCAUAUUUAAGCCCUGGUGAAGAUUUGACACACAGGGUAAAAGCCACAAGUGAAGGUGUUGAAGGAAGUAGACUAACAAUAUUUUAAUUCUCACUGCUGCUCCUCACAGACACUAGCUCUGGGCUGCAAGGGAGUUACUGAGUGCAAAGGACUUACAGUUUGUGUGUGUGUGUGUGUGUGUGUGUGUGUGUGUGUGUGUGUGUGUGUGUGUGUGUGUGUGUGUGUAUAGGAGUAUUCUCAUAAAGAGGAAGUCUGUUUGAAGCACAAUCAGGGUCAGACUAUCAGGUCCAUUUCAGACCAGGGUCAUAAUUACAGGUCCAUUGAGACCUCUAGUGGUAACACAUUCAUUGGUCCUGAUCUCCUCAAAGAUUAUUAUCCGAACAAACUUGAUUUUAACACCUCUGCCAGCAGACAUGGCUUUUGCUGUUUGUCUUCAGGAUUGUCUAUGUUUUCCCUGUAAACCAGGAUUUUCUCUUACAUAUCGCUCAUAAAGAUUAACGCAUGCUAACUUUGAACAGAUACUUUGAUUCCACUAGUGUAUUAAUUCUGCCUUCAAAUUGUUCUCCUGCAAACACGAGGCCAGUUUCCAAACAGAUCUCAUCCUGGUAGAGUUUGGAUCAUUUACUCGUAAACACUUCUCUCACUUUUCCCUCGUCACAAUACUGGAUUUUGUAGUCAUUUCAGGAAUCUCCAGAUCGCAUCAUUUCAAAGGGUCUAAACUGCAUCUGAGAAAAAAAGUGUCUACAAAACUAGACCUCGACAGGGGAGUCAGCUCCUUACCAUUUUGGAUUAUACCACUUUUUUUUUUUUCCACCCAGGCUCCGUACAGUGGCUUCUGUUUGUGACACUUAACUGAGCACAAUGGAGCAGUAAUUGUCUUUGUAACCUAAGAACCACUGAAGGAGACACUGAGCGCUCUCUCUGAUAUAACACCAUCUCUGCAGCCCUGACAAAAUGCUCACUUCACACGUGUCUAUGGAUCACUUGACAAUAGCACUGCGUGUGGCGCCGGGCUUAAAAAUGAAUGGUACAGGGACUUAAAAAGAUUUGCUAUAUACUAAUCCUCCCCCUGCCAGGUGAAACCUUUCUCAUAGCAUUUACAUUCGUAUGUAAGUUUCUGUCACACAAUCUACGCUGCAAACCCAUUUAGUUCAUUUGUUUCUAGCAAAAACAGAGGGGGUUAAAUUGAGCGAAGCGGUUGUGAGAUUUCUACAAAAUUGUAAUUGUUUGUUACAUUUGGCUCCGAUCAGAGGAAGCAGUCCAUGCAGGUCCUGGGAGUGUGAAUGUUGAAAACACUUCAGUUCAGGGACCCAGAUUCAGGGAUCAAGUUUGUAAGUGUCAUUGCAGCAGAUUAGAAAACUACCAAUUGUGAUCCCGAGACCUCAGGACGACAUGAAUUACGAAUAAAAACUUCACCAGCCUGCAGACAUGGAUGCUGUACGUUUUAGUUCUCUAUAGCUAAGGUUUUCCUCUCCGGGCAUCUGUUAAGUCAGCAUAAAUGUACUGAGAUGUUCAGCAACCUUUUUUUUUGGUCUUGUGUCCACAUACUUUUGGCCACACAGUUCCCUGUUUUUUUCACCUGACCUCACUGACAUUAAGUUGUAUUGUGCUUUUUCUUUGUUUCAGGUGGAGAGCGGCCUCGCCUGCAGUCGGUGCAAAAACUCCAAGUCUGCAAGAGAUGCCGACCAUCUGAACGUCUUAGGUAGAUAAAUGUGAGGUGCAAAGUCUUUGCCCAUCUGUGCAUAUGUGGGUAGAGCAGAAGUCUGUGGGAUGAAUUGAGCGCAGUUAAAAAAACCGGAGGAUGAGAAAAGAUGCCUUCAGAGGGAGCAUGACUGCAGUUCUGGUGAUGCUGUAGCAGCACGGAAUGGUUUGUGGGUUACACUGAGAUGCAGGCCAUACUGUGCUGCCGCAGUGAAGCCUGAAUAUACAACCUGCCUGCCAACCACUGCUGCCUCAACCUGUUGCAUUUAUUUGAAGUUAUCACAUUGCUUUUGCUUCUAUCAUUUCUUGUAUGAACUCCUGUCACCUGGAUUGUUGUUUUUUUCUGAUAAUAAAAAAAGUUUGUUUGAUCUUCUUCCUCAUUUGCUGGUCGCCUUACUGUAGCAGCACGUAAAUAUUGGAGUUAAGACUCUUGCUGAAGCCUCCAGUAUUGAUCGUGCUGCUGAAGCAAAGCUGACCGCUCACACUCCAUCAGGGUGAAAUUCAGGGAUGCUUACACGGACUCAAAUAUCCAUCAACACUUUCCCCAAAAAUGAACGUUUUCCACUCACACAGUCUGUUUCUGUCACUGUCUCUCUGCACACUGCAAAUAAAAGAUGAAACUGAUUUUGUUCAUGUCUUUUGAAUAUCACUGCCGAUAAUCGCUGUUCAGAAAAACGCUGCCCGUGUCAUUUCUUUUACUUAAAACCGAAGUGCAACUUUCGCUGAUGCUGAGAAUUGCGUGCACGGUUAAAAUAGUACCGUCGCCCGCUAUAAGGAGUCACGCACACGACGGCCUGCGUGGCCUUACUGCUGCUGCUGCUGCUGCUGCUGCCUGCCUGCUCACCAUGAGCCGGGAUGCGCACACAGAUUUUCGGUGGAUUAAAAUUCCAGCACUCAGCAUAUUCAAGAUCCUACACAUUUAUUUUGAAAUAAAAACGUUUUCUUAGCCAGAUUUUUUUUUUAUUACUAAAUACUUUUUCUUAGUUCUAAAAGCCCCUUUAUUUUACAUUUUGGCCCGUUACUGAAUACUCUCCUUCCACUGGUUGCAUUGUGAUUGUCUCACACACAUACCUAUGAUUAUUAGAUUUCACUUUCAUGACCUCGCGUGCUAUUAGGAAAUAAAAUAUUUCUGCUGAAUGGAUAAAAACCUCAAUAUCAGACCGUGUCGCGUGUGAACCAGCUGCAUGCAUUCGCGUGGUUAGGGGACGUGCGACGACGAUAAUCCCAAAUCAACCCUCCAAACAAAAAAACACGUCUGCAUGCGUGUAGGCUUUCUCACCGGCCCUCGGGAUGAUGUGGCAUUUUUUAUAUAAGUACUUUUGAUAAAAUUACACACUAAAUUCAUUGAGUAAAUGAAGACAAAAUAAGAGAUUACAAAGAAAAAAAAGUGAUGUCAAAGUCAUGCAGAUUCGCUCUUGUUUUGUUUGAAACCCUAAAAAAAAUUAUAUAUAUAUUUAAAAAUUUUGGAUACACCCUAAAAUGUCGCCAACAUUUUUCAUGUCUGCAUGAUUUUUUUCUGAUGACAAGCCAAGGCCCAAGGUAGAGUUUAGCUCGCCAUGAACGGAUGAAUACCGCAUCUAUCUGUUUCCACUUGGCCUUAAGGGCCUUUUUUAUCGAUAAUUAUGAACUCUUACAUUAUUAACUCCACUAUAUUUACAAAUAAGCUCAAAUUUAGGUAUUUGACAAAGGUGGGACUUGCGCAAAACGAUAUUGAGGGAGGGGCUUGAACAUUUGGGUGCGUUUCAGGAUCACCUUUUUUCCUGCGCAUCACUUUUUUCUCCAAAUGAUAUCUGAAAUAAAUAUUUUCAAUUUUGUCUUGCUAUUUUUAAACGGUAAAAAAGGUGUGUUAUAAUAGGGUGAUAUAUAUAUUUUUUAAUAGUCGUGGUUGCAAGACUGAUGGUCAGUGUGUGUGUGUGUGAUGGAGUGUGUGUGUGUGUGUGUUAAUUUAAACCACUUCUUUUAAGGUUUUAUUUGCAGUUUAAACAUUUUUGCAAAUUUUAUCCAUUACAGCCAAAAAAAUGACAUAUUAAUUCAGACUGAUUUUCUUAUGUAAAAAUAUCUGUAAGUUGUAGCGUCUGUGUCGAGUGUAAAAUUGCACCUUUUUCCCUACAGCUGCCUCUCAUUUCAUGGUUUAGAUUUUUUUUUUCACGCACUGACCUUUUUGGGGUUUUUUUUACACUUUAUUUUUAAUAUUGCCAUGCUUUUUUAAAAACUCUUGUAUCUAUCAGCACGCCCGUUUUUACUUCAUUUAUAACUCUUAUUUGGAAACUUAGAAAGACAUCUCUGUGUAAAAACAUGUAUUUUUUUAACACUAUAGGAGGUAAUCUGGUGAAAAAUACUUUAAGAAGAGAAAUAAUUUCAGAGUUUUUCCCUUGAAUCACAUCACUUUGAUUUGAAGUGUGUGAAGCUGUGUAAGGGUGCGGGACCUUCUCUGCUCCUGUGAUGACACUCUAUACACACUCAAUAACCUUUUCAUGUAUUAUCUGCUCAUACAGUCUUCUUGAAAGGUGUCAGAGAGACUGUUUUAUGCUUAAUUUUAAUUUUACCUUACUUAGGCCCACUGCUACUCCAAAGUGACGGAGCAUGCGGAAUAGCCUCAUGAAAAUGUGUCAGUACAUUCCUGUUUUACGCUCUUUCACACCAGUUUGUCUUAAUUUGAAAUGAGUUGACUAUUAUAAUGCUAUAUUUAAAUUUGCGUGCCGUAACAAUUAAAAUAUUAAUGUAGAGUGCUAUAUUUAUUUUCAUCCUAUAUUUGCCUGGCAACAGAGGGUCUAUAUAUAUGACCGUGCGUGCCAUGACGCACAUCCUGAAAUAUGGUCAGUGCUGACAUCACGGAUUCACUUUGUGGUCUGAUCUUUGGAUUUUAAAAAUAUUAUUUUCAAUUUAAAAAAAAAAAAAAUUCAUUUCUAUUCAGGAGAGCCAAUGAUAAAAGAGCAGAUCAUGCUGUCCUGCUUUGACCCAUCUAAAUAAAGAGGAGUGCUGGCGAGCAGCCAAAGACCUUUUUAUGUCCACACUGAGUUCAAGAAUUUUAAUAACUUCCAAUUCAGAGCUUACAAGUCGACACUGUAUAAAUCCAGAUUCACAUCAGAAAAAUAGGCCCCACACUGUACUUUAAAACCUAACAGCCUGCAGAUGUUUGACUUUAUAGACCGAACGAGUGAGUCACAGCCACAAAUAAAUCUCGCGUAAAAAUAAAGUGGGUACCCACCACGCGUGACGAGCAAGUGUCCUGACUUUAUCGAUGAUAGACCAAGGGGAGGUCAUCGUGUGAAAACAGAAAAAAAAAACACAAACAGUGAUGCUCUUGUUUUUUUUCUUGCAGCGUGUCUGCAGCCUGGUGAAUAUUUCACACGGGCCCUGUUAUGCAACGUGUGUAACCUUGAAGAGGUUGCAGCAUCACUGAGGUGCUCACGGAUGCGCUCUGCUCGGAAAGAGGCCUGGGAUUACACUCUCUCUUUUCUGACUCACUUGCUCAGUUCAUAGGCUCGUUUGUCGACCUGAAUACACCGAUGACAUGGCCUGUGCUACUAAAUAAAAUACAAACAUGGCAGUGACUUGAUUUUCCGUUUUAUUUACCAAUAAAAUGUGGACAAGUAUAAAACUGUCAUCGUGAUUUUGAGAAAAAGAGAUUACAUUAGUAGGAGGAAAAUGUAGUGUGUUUCUCUGAUUGGAAAAUAGGUAAAACCUUAGUGGGGGAACUUAGAGUUUGUAUGGCUGAAUGACAAAUUUACCUUAGAUGAAAAAAGAGACAAAUUUAAAUAUUAGGUUGAAAAAAAAAUCAGCAUCAUAAUUUGGAUCUUAGUGUGAAUUGCACCGCACGGAUCAUUUCUUAUGUAACAAUCUGUCGCUGUGAGUGCUGGCAGAGAUGCCACAGGCUUGUAAUUAAUACAACUUACAGCUGCCAAUAAAAUUGACAGUGUAGUCGAUAAAGUUCACAAUACAUUGCUGACCUGCACCCAUUAAACGUGCGUACAUGUCAGUCAUUUGCUGCAGGUACACACCGGUGUGGGCAAUGUGCGAGGAGGCUGCAGUGAGAACCGGCCCGAUCUGCACAGACACUGAGGAUGCGAGGAUGUGCGGCUGCAGCAGCAGCAGCAGCAGGAUUGUUGGAAUUAACACACUCAGAAACAAGAUGAUCCAUCUGGCCGAUGUCAUCCGUGAGCCCCCCACUCGGUAGGAGCCACUCUCAUGGGGGACUGAAAUCUUGUCCACUUCUCUGAGCCUCAGGGAGUCCCACUUUUUCACAUCGAAAUUACGCACGAGUGGACCGACGUCCGUGUCUUUCCGCGAGGGCAGAGGGGUCUCCUUAAUGAUCCCCAACUUCUCCCGAAAAUCUUGCAUCUGCUGCAGAAAGCACAGGGGGUCGGUGACGCUCCUGAAAGACUGUGCGAUGCUGAGCGCUCGCCUGUGCUCCUCUAUCGCUGCGCUCAGCUUGGUGAUCUCCGGGUCGUACGCUUGCAGCACAACCAGCUUUAGUGUUUCAAAAUCGGAGAGGAUCUCGUUCUUUUUGCAUUCGAGGGCGCUGGUGAGUUUGUCGAAGUAGUCUGUUACCUUCUCUGCGUCCUUAGUGACCGACUGGAGCGCUUUUUUCUUACUGGCUUGUAGUGUCUCCAGGCAGGACAGGAUGUCUGCGCUCUGCCAGCUCUCCACCCCGUGAAGCAGCUCUUCAAAUGCCUCUUUCUCCCGCUCAUAUGCCUCCUCCAAGGAAGAGAAUUUAUGCCCCCUGUGGUCAUCUGUCGUGGCGCAAAACCCACAAAUGAGUUUUAGGUCCGUGGCGCAAAAUAUGUUUAAAGGCUGGCCGCAGUGUUGUUUACAAACAGACAUCUUCGGCGUGAACCUUAUUUUGCUGUACUUCUCCACUAUUCCGCGCAGAGAAUAGUUGAUCUGCAGGCUGUUUGCGCCGUUGUGAGGGCUCUCUUUGCGGCAUGUUGGACAUUUGAAAGGUGCUCGGUAAACUGAACCUCGGUUUCCCUCCAGAAGUCCCUCCAAGCAUUUUUUGCAGAAGCUGUGUGAACACAGCAGCACCCUUGGGUCCUCGAAGAGACUGCAGCAGAUUGGGCACGUAAGUUCCUCCUCAAGCUGCUCCAUGGUACCCUGAAAACACAUCAUCCGGGGCGUCAAAUCGAUGCGUAAUUUAAGCAAAGGACUCAAUAAAUCAGCACAAUUCAGAAUAGGUUACAUAAUACGCACCCACACUCAGGGGGGGAUGCUGACCCAUAAGGCAAUAAAUUACACAUGACAGUAAUGUAGCAUCGCAAAGGAUACAGUCUUUGAAGUCAUGUCCCAACUGUUUCUGAAGCAUUCCCAUCAUCCUGAAAGUGAAACUGAUUCUCAUGGCUGUGCCCGCGUAAAAGGAGGUUGGCACCAGCUCUGUCAAAGGCUCCACUUGCCCGUGUAACGUAAAGUAUCAUCCUGCUGCCUUUUGAUGUCUUUCUGAAAGCAGCUGGCGUUGACUGAGACUUCAAACCGCGUUGCAAAAACCACAGUGGGUUCAAGUCAGAGGAGAGAAGUUUACAAACGCAGACUUAAAGAAGUGAACAAAUGUCUCUUAGCUGUUUGUAUUACAUAAAAGCAGGACGGUAGGUUAGCUGUCUGAAGCCCUAAAUCCCUGUCGUCUAAACCAAUCCAAUGCGACAAAUUAUCGACAAACAGGACGCGCGUUAACGUUGCUCCUGUUGGCAAGGUACUGAAGUAGAGCUGUGACAGAUUUUGCAAGCGCAUAGUAACAUGCAACUACUGGACCAAAAGAAUCACUCACCAGCUGCUGAGACGCACAGUGCAACGCAAUCAUGGCGCUUGUUGCUGUGCAGACUUCGCCCUUUUCCGGGUACAGAGUUAACCGUUUCAGCUGCGCGCGGGAGAAUAACACGCAUUAAUUCGCAGGGAUUUACGCACGGGAAAAUCCGGCUUUUGUGACAAAUCGACGUUAGAGAGAACGCUGCUUCUAUUUGGUUGUUUACAUGAGCCAGUUUUGAUCGCUGGGGUGUUUUUCGUUUUUGUCCCUGUUGGGUUAUUUGCAGAGGAUCCCUAUCUGUCCGAUGGGGGAGGGGCUGUUGCUAUGCAAAACAUUACAGCGUGAAAAACUGUCAACUAGGUUUUAGUCCCAGCUUGGCAUCGCAGGUUUUUCUACUGCCCCACUUCAGUCGGCUCGCUCGUGUGGUUACUUGUCAACAUCUGUAAAUGGUUAAUGCGAAAACGAUGGCGCACAGAUUCAUAAUCUCAUGUAAAAGAGUCAAACUCUAUAUUAAACCUCACUUUAAGGAUUAAAGGCAUGUUAUUUUAGCGAUCUGAGCGAGCAGAGCUUGAGAAAAACAACUCUAACGCAGAAAUGUAUGCAUGUAUGACGGCUUUAAAGUGCCGAGGAUGCUCCGUCCUCACUCAUGCCUGGAUCUGAACAAGUAGGCAACUCUCUCGAAAACGAUUGAACAUGAAACAUCCAAAAGUAACUUUCUCUUCACUUGUGGUUAUGUAACAUCGAUACCCAAUAGUUACUAAGUCACGUGUAGAAAUUUUGACCUUGAUUUUCUUCCCUUGUUUCCAUGCCAUCAGGAGCAACUGCCUAUCUUAGCCGCUGUGAUUGGAUACAGUCGGGUACCAGGGGCUUAUUUGGUACCGACCUCGGCCUCGGGGUGUCGCUGUUGUGUCAGCGGGUCCUGACGUCUGAACGCUGGGCACUCUUCUUUGGUUUUCAUGGGAGUUUGUUUCCGGAUGUGAAGCUAGCGAUCGGGACGAGAAUGGCUGCGAUGUUUACGUGUUGUUUAGGAUGCUGUGGAGAUGGAGGAUCGGGACAUAUUCCCCUCAAAGAAAUGCCCACGGUUCAGUUAGACACUCACCACAUGGGUACGUAAAUUGAACUCUAAAUAUAGCUGACUGUUUUUAUGUUUUAAAUGAUGAAUCCCUUCCUCCUACUGUUAGCAUAAGCUAGCUGAUAGCUGCUGGUAGUUUUCUCCUGUAAAAUAAAGUGUCAUCCAGACAUUAUGGACUGUUUAGACAUGUGUAUUUUCUGAUAAUCUGAUCAAAAGGCUACUAUUUGUUCACAUAUUAGACAACUGGACACGUACAUGCAGGAUUUCACCUAAUACACGGUAGAUUGCACAUAGGAUUAACAAUUCAAGUCAUUUCAACUCAUUUUUAAAAUCCCUCCUCCUCCCCUCCCAAAGUUCAUGUUCAUCUUAAAGCCUUAAAGCAAACCUACUUCUACCUUUCCAAAGUCUACAGGGUUAUUUGUAUGCAAAUAUCUACUUCUUCAAAGAGUACACACAGGAUCCUCUGGCCUUAAAAGAAGCUGUUUGGAAAUUAGGAUUAUUAUGCAUCUGCACCUAAUCUCAAUGAUUUUAACAACAAACUGAAAACAUACCUUUUUAUUAGUCUUGCUUUUAACUACAUUUAUAUCAUAAACUUUGUUUAAGUGUUUUAGCAUUUAUCUCUUUCUGGUUUUAAUGACAGGAUGUCUUUUAUUGAGCUAUUUUGGUGCUCUUAUUUUAGUUUUUUUUUUUUAUUCAACAAUAUUUUUAUUAGUUUAUACAGAUAUACACAGGAAACACAUUACAAACACCCCCUUUCCCUCAAAUUCCCGUCUACAGCUGGAUAUUCCUAUUACUGUGUUUAAAUAACAAAUUCUGGAGCUAUAACAAAAAAUAAAUAAGUACAUGAAUUAAAAAAAAAUACAAGUAAGUGCUGGAAUUUGGGUUUUGUAGAUCUUGAAAUACAUAAGAUGUUGAGAAAUGAAUGAAAUCGGAAAAAGUCCAUAAAAGAGAUAAGAAUUUGAAUUGUAUGAUUGUAAAAUAUCACAGAAAUGUAUUUUUAAAAGAAAACAACUGGAAGAGGAGAGUUCUAAUUUUAGUAUCUUUUACCUUAUUUAUUAUUUCUUAAAUUUCAUUCUGUGUUACUGUGUUUUUUUAUUUUAACCUAAACCACCAGUGUUUCUUAUCUUGAGUUUUAAAAUGAUGUUUCCUAUUUCCACAAAAUCAAGUCAUUUUUAAGUUUAUGCAUUUUAAUACUGUUUCUGUUGUAUUUAGAUCGUAGGGUGGGGAUGAGGGGUUGGGCUGGGGUGGAUUUGGGUGUUCUUUGUUCCUUUUUUUUUUUCUUUGUGCUACAUGGUUGUGUAGGAAAAGUGCUAUAUAAAUAAAGACUGAUUGAUAAAUCUAUCACACUUUCUAAACCUAGACACAAGGUGCACUGCAGGGGUCCAGCAUCCAGCUUACCAUCCCAAAGAAAGCUCAUGAUUUAACUAAAUAACAAUAAUAACUGUAUUUGUAUAGCACUUUUAAAAAAACAGAAGUUUACAAAGUGCUUUGACAUGUAGUCAUGGAAAAAGACAGAUGAAAACAAAAAGCUCAGUUAAAACAGAAUUGAAGGCCAUUUUCAUGGCAUAAGGCAUCCAGACAAUACAAGAACCAUGCAACAUAAAAUGAGACCAUGAGGACCAAAAUAAAAACAUAAAUAGUUAAGAAAAAAGGAAAAUGCAAUUAAAAGGGGGAAUGAAAGCGGAAACAGGAUAGUAAAUAUAAGAGGCAAUAUCAACAAUGAUAAUAAAAUAAUAACAGGUAAUACUGAUAAUAAAAGCAAUGAUAAAAUAGAGCAACAGAAAUGGGCAAGAGAUAAAACAAUAAAAGUCUAAAAGGUUGAUUAAGAAAAGAGUACAAGUAAAACAAAAGCUAAAAGGACAGUAAAGCCAAAAUAAGAUAGAGGUGAAAGAGAUAAGAGAUGACAGAUAAAAGAUAAGAGGAACUUUAUUAAUCCCCGAAGGGAAAUUCAAUUGUCUGCUGUCUCACAUAAUAUGUCUCCAAAAAAGUAAUCUACUAUUUACAUAACAGUUAUAAAGCCUGAUGGCUGUUGGUACAAAAGAUCUUCUGAAUCUUCCUGUCCUGCAGCGAAGAGAGACGAGCUGUCCACCACCAUUGGCCCAUUGGUCCAUUAGGGUGUUGUGAAGUGGGUGAUCCAUGUUCUUUAGAAUAGUCUCCACCUCCCUCAGUAUAGAUCUCUCAACCACAUCCUCUACUGAGUCCAGCUUGAUAGAGAUAAACAAUGAAAGACUUGUCUCAGUAUGAUUGACAGAAAAAUUUAAAUGCAAUCUCUCGAAAAUGUAACGAGCAAAUAUCUUAUGUUAGUUUAUUUAUAGCCUCCUGCUUUGAGGAUCUGGUGCUUUGACACAAAUGCUUAAAAAUGUGUUAUAAUUAUAAUUCUAAUAAUUUUCUUCCAUGGUAUUCUUGCCCCUUUUUUUGCAGGCACAGAUGUUGUCAUUGUGAAAAGCGGCAGGAGGAUAUGUGGCACCGGAGGCUGUCUGGCCAAUGCACCUCUUCACCAGAACAAAAGUUAUUUUGAAUUUAAGAUCCAAUCUACUGGUAAGCCUUUCGCAACUGGCUUCUACUUAUCUCGUCUCCUGUUUUGUUUUCUUUACGGAUUGGAAGUUUCAGGUCAAUUUCCAACAGCUGAGGUCUGUUGCAGCUACAACAUCUUGUGACUGCAUGCUCACUAAAAGAAUUUCCUCUCUAACAAAGACAGUAUUGGAAAGUGCACAGAAUCUGCUUUCCUAGAAAAUUUACCCAGAAGCGAAGCUAACCUCAAGCAGCCCCUUCUUCAACAGAUUAUUUCACUAGUUUUCUCCUUUCAAUUUUUUGGUGGUCAACAGUAAAAAAAAUCAUCGUCUGUCAGGUCAGGAGUGUUUUAUCAUGUGUUGUCCUUGUGUGUAGGUGUUUGGGGAAUCGGUGUGGCCACACAGAAAGUGAAUCUUAAUCAAGUGCCUUUGGGCAGGGACAUAAACAGUCUUGUCUUGAGGCAUGAUGGGUCUGUGUACCACAAUAAUGAAGAAAAGAACCGCCUCCCUGCAAACAGCCUUCCUCAGGAGGGUGAUAUUGUGGUAAGUGCAUUUAUUUAGGGGAUCUGAGAUCAAGAUGGUUGACAGAAACAUAGAAUGACCUGAGUUUUUAGUGGACUCCAAAGCCACAAAUGAAGAACUUUCUUCUCUUUAUGUUUGCCUUUUUAAAAUAUACAAAACAGUUCAAUGUUAGACUCAAAUUUUGGGUAAGCAGCCCCUCUUUGGCAAGCUGGUGAGUUUGUUUUUCAACAUUAAAGAUUGUCUUGCUUGACAUGGCUGCGCGAGAAAUGUCAUUUAACAGAGAUGCUAAAAUUAUAUCCACAUGAAUCAUUUGUUCAAAUUUGUACUGCUCGUAAGAAUAUUUAAUUAUCUCCUAGUCUUCCAAUAAGCACCUUAGUGUAACCAAGCCUAAAUUUAGACACACUGUGUGAAUUCAGAAAUGUGAUUAAAUCAUCUAUUAGAGGCCUGAUGGAGCAGGCUGGCCUGCAUUUCCCAGGAGACCCCCAGUAGAUUUGUUUUUUUCCAUGGCAGCUGGCAUCAACAGUCACAUUUCAACAGUUGGUAAUGGCCGGUAAUACAGGUCUGUUAGUCAUAAGUCUGUGCAGAUGAGCACCACGUGGAUAACCAAAACCUUAACAAAUUAAAGUUUUUGAGAGAAGAUUUGUUUAAAUUUCUCACAGUUUUCUGACCAUUCAGGCUGAGGGAAGCAUUUGUGACUUUUUUCAUUGAAGUAUUUUGUAUUUGUAUGAUUUUUAUGAGUAAGGGGCUGAACAACAGAUUGUAGAACUGGACUGGUCUAUCAGAUUGUCCUGCAGGCAACCACUUCUUAAAACCUAGCAGCACUGGUGGUUGCUGUUUCACAACCCAUGCAGACUUGUCCCUGUCACUGUCAGAAAGUCUGUAGUUAUCUGUACAAAACACUUUUUAUACUGUUAAAUAUAAACACAGGAAAAAUGAAAAUGAUUUGGUAACAAAUAUUUGUGAAAGCUUAUUUUAUUUCUCUGGGGUAUUUAAUUAAAAAUAUUACUUUAACAACAACUGGAGAGUCUGUGUGAUUCUGGUGACCGCCUAAGCUUCUUAGUGGAAGUGUGCCAUAAAACUUCUCCUAAUCUUAAGUAUGUAAUAAACCGGUGUUAAAAGAAUAAUAAUUUUCUUCACCAGAAACAUAAUUCAGGUCAGUCUGGGUCUGAUAUUAAAGCCCUCAUUAAGCCCUCAAUAAGUGCAGUUGUAGCUUUGCUUUUUGUUGGGAACAGUUAUUAACAAUAUACAGCAUUAACACCUCCACUGUUAAAAUAAAGGCUCUGCUCAGGCUCACUGGUAUGAAAUCAGAAACGUUCUGAAGAUGGCGCCGUUAAGGAGGGAUUUGUGUGUGUACAUGUACAGGUUAUAUCUCAUGAUAUUCAGUUUGAGUUACUUGAAGGUAUUGACACAAAUAGUGCAAAUAUAUUCCCUGACUUUGAUAACCACUUGCAAAUUUACUCUUGACACUCUUACCAAUUUUUAAAAUUUGUAAUAUUUCCAGCUCUGAAACACUGAAGUGCCAUUUUAAGUCUUAUAUAAAAAGAUUACUGUGAAGGCCAACACUGAUUAAUGUUUUUUUUUUUUUUUUUUUUUUUUAAUCAAUUUAACUUUAUUUUUUAUCAACAGAAAAGUCAAGUGCAGAUGAGGGACAAAAUAAAUGACCAAAGUCCUUAAUGUGAAAUGAAAGAAAUGGAGCAACAUGUUUGAGUGAACAAGAAAAUCAAGAAAGUCACGUUCUUUUGUCUCAAGUUGCCGGACUCCUUUUCUGCUUGUACAGCACAGUCAUUGAUUCUUAAUACUAAAGUGAUUAUCAAAGCUUAGCUACCACAGUCCAGUUGACAAAAGAGAAACACAAGGAGCAAGGGGAAAGCAAAUAUCAGUGCAAGAUAGAAGUGUUCGUCACAUUUGACUCGUUUUGUGUCGGCUCGUCCUGCUCAGUGUAGAAAGGAGAAAGUCUGAAUCCCUUUGAGAUGUUAUAAUUGCAAAUCUUAAAUUAGCAGACAUUGAUCAUGAUCAUAAGUUUUUUAAAGAAAGGCUGAUUACUUCUCUGUUUGCAUCUCUUAGGGCAUCACAUAUGACCACGUCGAGUUGAAUUUGUACCUGAAUGGAAAGAAUAUGCAUUGUCCUGCUUCAGGGAUCCGAGGCACUGUUUACCCUGUUGUUUAUGGUGAGUUUCUUUAAUGCUUUCCACUUUACUAUGGUUUAUCUCAAAAUUGUUGUCCAAGAAUAUUGUUUUUUUAUUUGAAUUUAUGGCAACAUAGCAUGCUUGAUAACAGCGUACAUCUUGCAGUCGCAAUUUUGUACCACCAGAGGGCUGCAUUUAUACAUUUUUACCAAAUACUGCUCUGAUCUCUGAGCUUGAUGGGUUUUUAUAUGCACUCAUGACUACUGAUGGAUUUAACACUUCUAAUCAAAGCUUGCUCUUGACUCUGAAUAUUUUUCAGUUUUAUUAUAAUUCUGUAUUGUGCAAUCACUUUAUAUUCGCGCUUGUUAUAUAUACUGUAAUAGAGCUUCAUACUUUGUCUUUUUACUAAUGAUGCCAUAAUUCAAAUGACAACACAAUAUUUACGUUGUAUGUAUUGUCAUACUUUGCUUUAGUUCAUGAUUUUAUUGUAUGCAUAAUAGUACAAAAGUAAAAUUUAGUUUAAAGCUAGUUAAAGGAAACUACUCAAUUAUAAUCUCCCCAAAUGUUGUCAUAUGUGAUUUGAGGGCUGUGGUGAGUCACUUAUUCCUUUUUUCAAACCAGUCACGAAUUUCUGACAUUAUAACCUACAGAAAUAUUCUGUCUAAUACGAACCUCAUGUUUCCAGAUACCUCUAAGCGUACAGGUGUUAAUCAUGUUUGGGAUUUAAACAGCUAAAUAACUCUGAACACUCUGAAGACCUGUGGAAUAUACACUCCAUGUUAAUAAGUCAUUACAUUACUUAAAUCUGAGAUGAAAAUGAUGACACUGAUGGAACAGGAAAAGUUAAGAUCAAUCCUGAGAAGUGAAGAGAAGAAAACAGAAACUUAUUGAAAACAGAUUAUUAAAACCUUUUUUCAAGAUGAUUCAAAAUGAUAAAUCAGUUAACGGAUAGUUGGUCAUGAAGUGGAUCCUGGAAGUCAAAUCACUCAGCAGGUUACUUGUUGCAGCUCUACUUUUGAUAUUGUUUGAACUGGAGUUUAUGUUACUUCUGCAGCUGGAAACCAGUUUGUAAGUUUAGUCAAUCACCAUGCUUACUGUAUAUAACAAUGACAUUCCGGCACUGAAAGAUUUGCGUAUUAACAAGCUCAUACAAAAUGUUGCACUGUGUACUCGGAGAUUAUGUUCAAACAGUUGCUGUUACAAGCCAUUUGACCUCAUUUCUGUGGAGAAAAUAUCUUGGCAGGAUAAACAAGAAAAAGGUUGGAACAUUUAUUAUUUAUCGUAUUAAUACUCUCGAGUUAGACACGAGUGUGACUUUGAAGAAUAAUCGCAACACUUGUAAAUCCCCCCAAAAAUGUUUUGUUUUCACCUUCACACCUUUCAGGCUGUUUUUUCCUGUCUUUGUUAUGUCUUUCUUAUCGUCUAUAUUACCCUGAUAUAGAAGUUAACACACUGUAUGUCUCUGUUUUUCUGUUUUAGUGGAUGACAGUGCCAUCUUAGACUGCCAGUUUAGUGACUUCUAUCACACAGCUCCACAAGGAUUUGAGAAGAUCCUCUUUGAACAACAAAUCUUCUAAAGGAGCACUCCAGCCUCAGCCCUCUUUACGCUGUCGUCCUCCUCUGUAUCUACUAGCCACCUCUGUGACACUACAGUUUGACCCUGAUUGGAUAAUAUCAUUACGUGUGACUUGAAUGCCUCUUGUUUUGUUUUCCCCUGAUUACUCUGUCUGUACUGCUGCUGGGGACUGAUGUUUAAGUGGCCUUGAUGGAGUAGGUCUUUCUAAUCAUUGGUCGUCUUAGAUGGGCUGUUCAGUCUGUGCUGAUGGAAAACCGUUGAAUUGUUAUGGUAUGUCAGCAGUAAUCAGCGUAUAUUAACCAAACACUUUCGACCGCUGCUUCCUUUUCUUUAUCUGUGUAGAUGUCAGACAGCAGAUGUGCUUGUAAGAUCUUUCCAUUUUACAAGGCCAGAAGUCGUGGUUGACAUUACUUUGGUCUUCUGUUUCUUCUUUGCUAUUUACUGACAUUGUAGCAUCCACCUUUAUAUUUUACUGUAUUUAUUUCAGUCACAAAAUCAAGUAGUGUUUAUUCAGUGCAACAAGUCGUUUUUGGGGGGCCAGCUAGAGUUUGUGAAGUAACAAACGAACAACUGUCGAUACUGAUCUGACGACGGUAUCCAAACUAUUUUAUGCUGCCUUUGUUAAAAAGUGCAACAGAAGCAAAAGUUGCAACAAUUUUAGAUAUGAACUGACACAUAUUUGAGUAAAGAUAUCAACUCCAGUAAUGCAGUGCAGAUUCCAGAGGACAGCAGGUGUUUGAGGUUAGUGUUUGUGUACAGAGGGAUGUGGAGGUGCUGCUGUGCUGGUAAAUGUUUUACCAAGAGAAUAUGUACAAUGAUUGGUUUCCCCGUUUGAUUUUUUUCAUUCUCUCCUCUUCCUUUAAGGGAUAUUCCGGCGUAAAAUUAAUUUAGGGUCAAACACACCAUAACACUGAGUUAGACACCGCGUUGAGAAAUGAAUGUUGCCAACCGCUUGCUUCUCUAGUUAUACCAACUUUAGUAACGACCGCAUGAUAGCAUUACACAGUGGUCUAUGGCCCCUCACACAAACCUCAACCAAAACACCACUCUAUAGCCACAAAUAAUGCUCAGAACAGCAGCUAACUUCAUCAACAGUACAUAUAGGGUCCUAGCCACCAAACAUCUGUUUAUCUUUGCCUUAUUUCUUUAGCAAAGAGACUAAACACAACUCACCCACUCUCUUCCAGCCACCGCUUGUUUGAAGAGAGACCUCAGGCCAGUCCAUUACGGACUACAGCGGGGGGAUGCAGCUCAAGGAAAAACAUUUAUAAUAAUUUCUUUAUCAUUUUCUUGUAGUAAUAAUCACCUUUUUAAUCAUUUCGCACUGCAGACGUGGUAGUUCUUCUGCCUUAGCGUCUCAGUCUGAUUGCAUUUCCAUGAAGAAAUGAUCAUAAAUCUUCUUCCUUGAGCUGCGUCACCCCGCUGCAGUCGAUGGACCUGCCUGAGGUCUUGCUACAAACAAGUGUCUGCUGGAAGAGAGUAGGCAAGUUGUGUUUAGUCUCUGCUGAAGAAAUUAGGCAAAGUUAAAUAGAGGUGGCUAGUACUAUGGCUGGGACCCUAUGUGUACUGUCGAUGAAGUUAGGUGCUGUUCCGAGUAUUAUUUGUGGCUAUAGAGUGGGGUUUUGGUUGAGGUUUGUUUAUGGCUCCUCAGACCGCUGUGUAUUGCUAUCAUGUGGUUGUUACCAAAGUUGGUAUAACUAGAGAAGCAAGAGGUCAGCAACACUUAUCUCUCUAGGGGGUGUCUAACUGGGUGUUUGACCUUAAAUUAAUUUUACGCCGGAAUAUCCCUUUAAAUCGUGUUUUGUGUAUUUAUUCUAAAUAUCGGAUUAUCAUCACAGCUGCCGCUGGUUGUCUCUGAUUAGAGAUUGUUAAAAUGUCGAUCUGUUGUGUUGUAUUGGCAUUGCAUUACUGCUGCUAAAGUGUGACAGUUCUAUAUUUCAAAAGCUUGUCUUUGUUUUGCACUAAUUAUAAAAAAAUGUACAAGCAAAUCCAAAUAUUGUUGAUUCAUUAAACUUUUGUGGCUGAAAGCAAACUUUU